AAACCACAACUUUGUACCAAAGAAAAGGGAAGAGUUGAAAUCAUCAGAUUACUAAGGGUAUUGUAUCAUAUUAAGAGCCGGAAACAGAACAAUAGCCAAUUGAGGGAAUCAAGAGAAUUGGUUUUCUUGCUUUUGUCUAUUUAUGAUGCAACUCUUAGUGAAACAGAUUUGGAGAUACUUCAUCUCAUGAAUGAGAUAGAAUCAACUGAGUGCAGAACCAUUACUGAAGAGGACCACCUGUGGGGAUCUGCAGCUCUGAAAUUCAGAGAAGAACUGAAACUUGAUGUUUCAAAAUCAGAUACACAGAACAUAGAGAAUGCAGAAAUUACUGAAAGAAGAAGGGCACUCUUUCGGGAGAACAUACCCGUUCAUUCCAAGCUCUGUGCAAAGACAGCUUUGCUAUAUUGCUAUAAAAGGUCUUCAAGGGCUUCUGCUUUCUCCCUGGAACAACUUCAACUGGAGAACUUUACUGAUAGCUUCGAGGAAACGUCUCAAAGAAUGGAUGCAGUUCAGAUUUAUGAUCCCAUUUCAUACCCUUCUUAUUGGUUACAUUGAGCCUGCCGAAUUUGCUCGAUUAGGGCUGCUUGCAAUAACACUUGUUAGUAUAGCAUCUCCUGAUCAAGAAUUGAGGAUGUUGGGCUAUGAAUGCCUAGGAGCAUUUAAAAAAUCC